GAUAGCUUGACUUUUGCCCGCGUUUGAUGAACAGAACAUAACAGAAUGAAACUUGCUGAUGACGCAAUGGAAACAAUUAUUUACACGGUGUAGGAAACCAUAUUUGAACCUCUUUCCUAGUUAAACCUUGACCACAAAGCGACAACAACUAUUAUAUUAGAGAGAGAUUGCUUACAAGCAUGGAUGUCAUCUACAAGGAGGGGAUGUUGUACCUUCAGGGAGUCAAGUUUGCAAAAAAAACAUGGCGCAAAAUAUGGUUGGUACUUUUUAAACCCAGUUCUACAGGAGUCGGCCGGCUGGAGUUCUAUACUGUAAUUGACAGCAAUGCUAUUACUGACCCGAAGAAGGCCAGCCGGCUGAGAACACCAGAGAGAAAGGUUGUGCGGCUAAGUGACUGCCUCAGUGUCACCCCUGCUCCUAAGGAGUCUUGCCCCUCGAGGUGCACCGCCUUCUACUUGAACACCACACAGAGCACCUACACCCUUGCCUCCAUGACAAGCCAGGAUUGGCUGAGUGCCCUCUCUCUUCUAGCCUUCCAGAAGGAUCCUGGAGAGUCAGACAAAGGGGAUUUCGAGAGAGGAAAUGGCUUGACCAUGGAGGACAAUGAUCUUUACUCAUCUUGGAAAACCGAGCUGACCCUUCCUCCAAACCAGUACCAAGUGACUGUCCAGAGCACAGAGGCGUCAAGGAGGUGCAAGUUGGUCGGGGAUUAUGUGAUCAGCCCAGAAAGUGAGGCUGUGUCGCUGCACGCCAUCCAGACUGGUCAAACCAUCUACAGCUGGCCAUACAGGCUCUUACGCAAAUUUGGACAAGUUGAGGGCGGGUUCAGCAUCGAAGCAGGCCGUCGCUGUGACUCAGGAGAGGGAGUGUUCAUCUUCUUGUCCAAGAACAGUCCCCAGAUCUUUCAGGCUAUAUCCAGGCAGUGCUCCAUAGAGAAGAAGUCCUCUGUCCAGGCAUUCAGUGCCCACAGAAGAUCAUUAUGUGACCAGUCUCCUCUCCACCAUUCUCCCAAAACCAACCGAGCUGCUGGUCCUCCUGAUUUCAAUCCUGCAGAUACAAAUACAGAGGAUGAAUGUGACAACCACUAUUCAACUAUUAAUGAAGCCUCUUUAUUUAAAGUAAUGCAUCCAUCUCUUGUUCAUUGUCGUCUCACUAACAGCAAGGAAUCUGUGGGAAAAGAAAGUGAGGAUGAGGAUGAACGGUGUCAUUCCCUGGAGGCUAUAAGUCUGGAUGAUGACAUGGAUGACAGCAUUUAUUACAAUGUGAGGAGAGCCACACCACCUAUACCUAAAAAACAGUUAUUUCCUGUAAAACAGAAUACAGAGUGCAUCUAUUCAGACUUGAAACUUGUUGAGACUCCCUUAGAUCUCCAGCUGCAGCCUUCCUCGUCACCCCUCCCUCCACCUGUGCCGCAGCCUCCUCCCUGUAACCUGCCCCUGCCCCAGUCUGUUUCCUACGCUCCACCCAAGCCGGCACGGUACCAACGCCAGCCCCCUGCAAGUAACUACAUCCAGUCAGCGAACAAUACACAGGCGCAGCCAGUGGAUGACAUGAAGGAGAUGGAGGAGGCCACCAGCUCCUCUGCAUGUGCUAACCCCACAGAGGCCCCUGGCAGUUUUAAACACAGGCUGGCAGAAAUCAUUUCUAAGGACUUGGCGAAGUUCCAGCCACCUCUCCCCUCUGGAGUGGGCAGCCCCCCAUUUUCUCUGUAGGCUAUUAGUUAACAGACUGGAAGGAGCGAUUUUAAACAUGAUAGAGGAUCAUAAAGCAUAAUUAGCAUACGUUUCUUCUUCCUUUUUCACUUUCUUUAAAAAUCCCUUCCACUGGGAACACACUCUUAGGCAUCAAACUUUGGCUCUUAUACAUUCUUACAGUGUUGUUCUGUGUUGUAUGAAAAAUGGACCUGGAAGUUUUAUUCAGUGGAUUGCUGUUGCAAAAAGUGGAUUCCACGAAAAAAACUUUGGAGUGAUACUUCUCUUUCGUGUGAAGUUGACAUCAGAUAAAUUGAAGGACUGUUUCAUAAAGGAGACAUUUCAUAGAAACAGCUUUGAUAAAAAAGAUGCUUCCUUAUACGAGUCAACGAGUUACACAACAUCUUUGGGAUUCACCUCCUCUAGUUUAUGUUUUUUCCUUCCAUGUCCUCUUAACUGUCUUAGCACAAAGAGCAUUUCUCUCAUAUAAAUCAACAGUUUAUACAAUUGAAAUUCCAAGUAACCAAGUAUUGUUUUGGCUUUGUGUUAUAAAAGACGCAAAGUAUUGAAAUGUAACUGCAAUGUAC